CAGAGGGACGAAACCACUAUUCUGACAGGGGUGGGAAUAUAAACCGUACUUGCCACAUCGGUCUUGUCAUAACGACUUUAUGGUAUUUUUCUGAGUACCGAUUCAGUCUUGAAAAUUGUUUGCAAUUGUUUUUGCUAAUUGUCGUUUUCAAAAUGUGAAGAAAUUGAGUAGACGAAAGUUCUUGAAUAAAGUAAAUUCAGCGUCGAAGCAGCUGUGGGUGAAGUUCAUUAUCGUAUCUCCCCCUUCUCUCAAUGUUUGCGUUUCGCGGCCAUGUUCUUCUCUUGCAUCCUUCCAUAACGUGGGGUUAGGGUUUGUAUUUACAAAGGAGACCCCUGAUGCCCCUCGAUUAUAGCUGAUUUUAUGUCAUUCGCAAAGCUGCCCUCUGUACUUGCUUUAUUGGCAUCCCAGAGUGAGCUUGGCUACAAUUGCCAGAAGAUUAAGCCAUGUACCGAGGCCUUGAUUACUUAAGUAUAAAUUAUUUCGUACGUAAGAAAAAAUGCGUCGUCACCUCGAUGAUCAUAAUCCGAACGUGAGCAGCAACAACAGUGUCUUCAGUUCAUUGUCAGCAUCCACCUCUUCACCCAGGUCAUUUUCUGAACUCGAUAUAAGACCUGGAAUUCUAGGACAUAACAACAUUCCCUCAACACCUCCUACAACAACAUUUCAUCAUUCUUCUUCUCCUCGUGGUGUCAACAAACCAUUGAUUUCUAGGCAGCCUUUAGCACUCAUACAAGAGACAGUACAUGCUGUAGGCACUAGCAGUGCUUCAGAAAUGCAGAGUGGUGUACAGUUUUCCUUACCUUCUGGCUAUCAAGCUCGUGUGGCUGCAGCUACCACUUUAUCUCAAGGUAACUUAGGUCAGCCUCCUGCUGUUCAUCACUCUCUUCCGAUUCAAGCUCAGGCUCAUACCAAUACUCAAAUAGUUCAUCCAAUUCAAUCAAAUUCUCAGGCUCAUGUUACAACUCAGAUGCAAGGACAUCAAAUGCAGUUCCAAAGGUUAAAAGUUGAGGAUGCAUUGUCCUAUUUAGAUCAAGUCAAAUAUAAGUUUGGAAAUCAGCCACAAGUAUACAAUGAUUUCUUGGAUAUAAUGAAGGAAUUCAAGUCUCAGAGCAUUGAUACUCCUGGAGUUAUCCAGAGAGUGUCCAACCUGUUCAGAGGUCACCCGGAGCUUAUUGUGGGUUUUAAUACCUUCUUGCCACCUGGUUACAGAAUUGAAGUUCAGCCUAAUGAGCAGGUCCAAGUGAGCAUACCAGGAACGAGUAUGGGCGCUGCUGUCACUUCAUUAACUAUUCAUCCCACUGGUCCUCCAAGUACUACUGUUGUACAACAACAUCCAACAACACACAGCACGCAAACAAACCACAACUCACCUCCACCUCCUCCUACUAUCACUGUAAAUAAGGCAUCUCAUCCUCUACCAGUUGUGAAUAAUCAGUCUCAUUCAAAUUCACAAAAUCAACAUGUUUUUAACCAGAGUUCUCCUGCUCAUUCUCAACCAUCUCCUGCUGGUAGCCCUAAUAAUAAUAAUAAUAAUACUGCUACUGCCCCACCUCAACAACAACAAAGUCAGCCUGUGGAAUUUAACCAUGCUAUCAACUAUGUGAAUAAAAUAAAGAAUCGUUUUCAAGGGCAACCAGACAUCUAUAAACAAUUUCUUGAAAUUCUUCAUACAUAUCAGAAAGAGCAAAGAAAUAUUAAAGAUGGACAAUUGUCAUCAGUGAAACCUUUAACUGAAGGUGAAGUAUAUUCUCAAGUUGCCAAUUUGUUCAAAAACCAAGAAGACCUGCUGCAAGAGUUUGGCCAGUUUUUGCCUGAUGCAAAUGGUGCUGCAAAUGCAUUUGUUGGCUUACCCCCUGUAAAGUCUUUAAGUAAUAAUGAUUCAUCUGUUGUGAAGAAACCUUCCUUGCCAUUAAAGCCACCUCUCAAUAAUCAGCCUAAACCAGUUCAAGUUGUCAAACGUCCUGCUCCUCAGUUACCAUCCCCUCCAAUUAAGAAAUCAAGAAUGACAAGCUUAAAAGAUGUCAGUAUGGCGGAAGCGAAUAAAUUCACAUCUCUGACUGAAUAUGCCUUCUUUGAUAAGGUCCGUAAAGCUCUUAAGAGUCAAGAUGUUUAUGAUAACUUUUUGAGAUGUUUAAUAAUUUACAAUCAAGAACUAAUAUCGAGGACUGAUCUCGUCCUGGUGGUCACUCCAUUCCUCUCAAAGUACAAUGAAUUAUUUAAAUGGUUCAAAGACUUUGUGGGUUACAAAGAAUCAAAUACUCUUGAUAUAGUUCCUAAGAAAUUGGAAAAAGAAGAAAGAGUUGUGGGAGAAUUUGCAACUGAAAUAGAUUACUCAUCCUGUAUAAAGUAUGGAGCAAGUUAUAGAGCUGUUCCAAGAAAUUAUGUACAGCCUAAGUGCAGUGGUCGCACAGGAUUAUGUAGAGAGGUUCUGAACGAUACUUGGGUGUCAUUUCCUUCUUGGUCUGAGGAUUCUACUUUUGUGAGCUCUCGAAAAACACAGUUUGAAGAGUAUAUAUAUCGUUGUGAAGAUGAACGAUUUGAGCUAGAUGUUGUGAUUGAAACAAACCUCUCCACCAUUCGGUACCUUGAAUCUGAAGUGAUGAAAAUGAACAGAAUGUCUGCUGAAGAAAAAGCAAGGUAUCGCCUGGAUGACACAUUGGGUGGAAGUUCAAAUGUCAUCCAACAGAGGGCGAUAAGGAGGAUUUAUGGUGAUAAAUCAGCAGAUAUUAUUGAAGGGUUAAAGAAAAAUCCAGUUAAUUCAGUGCCUUUAGUCUUAAGACGGUUAAAAUCUAAAGAUGAAGAAUGGCGAAAGUCUCAGAAGCUUUUCAAUAAAACGUGGCGUGAGCAAAAUGAAAAAUACUACCUGAAAUCUUUGGACCACCAAGGAAUUAACUUCAAGCAAAAUGAUGUAAAGUUUCUCAGAUCAAAAAGCAUCUUAAAUGAAAUUGAAACAAUCUAUGAAGAAAGACAUGAACAAGCUGAUGAGAGUAUGAUUGACAUUCCAGCAGGUCCUCACUUAGUACUCACCUACAAGAAUAGAGAUAUCUUUAAAGACGCUGCAAACCUAAUUAUUCAUCAUGUGAAACGGCAAACUGGGAUUCAUAAGGAAGAUAAGACAAAAAUCAAACAGCUUAUGAGGCAGUUUUUUCCUGACUUUUUCUCUGUUCCUCGUGGUGAUCUUUCAGAUGAUGAAGUGGAUAAGGAUGAAGACAUGGAAACGGAAGAUGGAAGUGAAAGUCCUGCCUGUAAGAACCUCUGGUCCCUGAGCAUGGCUUGUAGUAGGAACAGUGCUCCUCUAACUAGUAAAACAAAACCAUCUCCUCCUCCUCCUCAACCUGCUCCGGAAGAUUCUUCUGUCGAUGGAUCAUCUCUUCCUGAUGAAUCCUAUAACCUUAUGUUUGUAAAUAACAACUGGUACAUAUUUUUUCGCUUGCAUCAUAUUCUGUGUGAGCGCCUCUGGAAACUUCACGAACGUGCACAAAUGCUCAUAUCAGAUGAACUGAAGGAUCAAGAGGAACGUAAACAAUCGACUGCUCUCGCUUUGAGGUUGAAGCCACGCCAAAACCUGGAUGUUGAGUUUUGUUUUUCUUCAUUUAUGGACAUGGUAAAGAACCUCUUAGACAACAACCUUGAGAGUAACCAGUAUGAGGACAACUUAAGGGAAAUGUUUGGAAUUCAAGCCUACCUUGGAUUUACUUUGGAUAAAGUUAUCCAGAAUGUUGUGAGGCAGCUGCAGCACAUUGUUGGAGAUGAAUCUUGUACGCAAUGGACUACACUGUACCUGGAAGAAAUAAAGAACAAAGCAACGGGUGGAUCCUGUGCGACAGCAUCUCAACGUGUCGCAGCUGAACUUGCCUAUCAGAAAAAGGCUGAACAAAUGAGUGAUGAAAAUCUAUUUAAACUUCUCAUGUACAAAGAAGAGGGUAAACUUACCAUCGAGUUACUGGACACGGAUUCGGACGUGUCGGAGGAUGCUGCUGGAAGCAACAAAUGGAUUACUUUUGUGAGGAAAUUUUGUGAAGAGUCUAUGGUGAAUUCAGUCAAAGAUCAUAUAAAAAAGAAUCCACCUUUUCUCUUUAGGAUAAUCACUGCCUAUAUGAAUCGGAAGAAGUUGCAGAAGGAGAAAGAGUGUGGAGAUAGAGAGCAGGAGAAUGCCCUUCGCUCCAUUCAGGAAGUGAUUGACGAUAGCAAGAUUGAUUUGAGCAGGCUUGAGGAUGGUGGUGCGGGGGAAGCUGUGAAAGGAUUGGUGGGACUGAAUGCAAAGGCCAAAUUCUUAGAGAGGACCCGACUCAAUAAGAUGAACUCUGAAUCCACCUCCGUCUGUCGCUUCAACCUCAACUCCUUCAAAAUGCUGUGGGUCGUUGAUUGUGAAGAUAACAACAUUUGUCAACCUCAUUGCCUGGCAAAAGCACUCAAAUCUCACAGGAGAGUGUCCAACAAGCUGAACCGACGUUUCCGCAGCUGGCACCAGUCGUGGCUGGACGUGAACGUGAGUGAGGAACAGAGUAAAAAGUGUAAAAACUGGUUGCUGGGUAUGGUGGAGGACAGCGUACCCACCACCUGCAUCCACAUAGACAAUCCAUCAAAGCCACCCUACUCCCCUUACAAUCGAUAUAAACCUCAACAGAAAGACAAGACUUGAUAAAACAUCCCUCCUUCGCUGCAUCAUUUUUUUUAUUUAUAUGAAUGACAUCUUCCAUCUUCUCAUUGUUUAUAUUCCAUUUUAUUUUUUUUCUCAUUUAUUUUUCCUUUUUUUUUAAAAAAAAAUUUUUUUUUAAGAUCGUUGUUAACGAGCCGCUCAUGCAACAGAAGCACAAAAAAGGGGGGGCAAAAAAAAAAAGAGUUGUGUUGCCCAAAUGAAAAGAAAAGGGGGCAUAAAAGAGAGUUGUGUUUGCGCAAAUGAAAGGAAAGGUGAUAUUGACUGUGUGACAGCUGCCAAAAGAUGUGCUCUUUUUUUUAUUCGAAACAAAUUAUUUUUUACCGAAGAAUAUAAAAACUGAAGAAAAAAAAAACUUGUAUUAAUAGUUCUGUAAUUAUUUCAGUGUCUCAGGGGAGAGGGGGUUUGUAAAAUAUGUACUUUCAUUGUAUAAAGGACUGACUGAAGAUGGAAAAAAAAAAGUUGUUAAAUAUUUUAUAGUAUGCGGUAUUUUUGUACUUUGAAAGUCAUCCAUUUUGGCAAGGGAAAAUAAUAAUUCCUUUGUGCAUAUAAUGUCAAUGAAGUUGAAUCUCAUUAAUACAAAGUUUAAAAAUAAUUUCAGCCACUGUCAUCAGAGUUGGCAGGACAGAACGGAUGAAUCCACGGUUUAAACCGUCUCGGUGCGAAACCCUUUUAUUCAAAUUAUCACUUUUUCUUUUUUUUAAAUAUUUUGAGAAAUAAAAGGUCAAUUUUUGAACAAGAAACAAAAUAAAGACAAGUUUUAUUAAAAAAGUUUAUUAUUAUUUUUAAUAUUGCAUUAUUUAUACUUGUGCAAAAACAUAAUUUAUCAGUAUUAAAAGCAUAUUUAAAGGAUAAGGUAUUCACUUAUGUUGUUCAAUGAAGUGUGGAGCUUUGAAAGUUAUAUAAUUUUUUUAAAUAUGUUAAAGCAACUUUUAUAAAAAGUAUCAAAUAUUUAUUAAUAUAUGCCAUUUUUAUGUGUGCAAUAGUUACACAUAAAGAAUUUUUAUCUUCAAGGUUUUGGACACUAGUAAAACCCAUGUGUCCUGUCCAAAACCGAUUUAGGUCCUUCAAACCCUGGCUGAAAUUCUUGGAUAAAAUUGCUAAAGAGUGUGACGAUUGUGCAUGCUGCUGGCCAGUUAUACCAUUUGUGAUCACUUUUUCAAAAAAUCUAUCAAAACUACUGAUGUAGUGCAUUUCUCAAAACAUUCUAUCGACGAGGUUCGUUUCUAAAAUGAAAAUAAUUUUAAAAAACAAAUGUGAAAUAAUUUUUCAGAUUAUAAAAUAAUCAUAAUUCCAUAUUUAUUUAUUUUUUUUUUUUUAAAUAAUUAUAAAAUGGAAUUAAUUUUUGACCAAAAGAAAAAAAGUGACGUCGCAGCGGAACAGUUUUUUAAUUGCCACUUGUUCCACAUAAUCAUCUUGUGGCAACUGUUCAUUUUGCCCUAUAUGAAUUGGAUUGUAAAUGAGAUUACAUAAUUUUAACAGCUGUCUGGAUCUAUAUCAUCUAUUGAAAGAAGAAGAAAUAAAAAUUCUAUUGUAAUCAAUAGUUUGAGUCGCAAUUAGUUUAAAAAUGAUGAACUUUCGCAUUACGCUUCACACUAAAGUACAAAGAGUUGCUGUUUUGUUUUUUUUUUUAUCCCUCCCCUACUUUUUUAAACUUUUGUAUUAAAGAGAUUCUUCUAAGGAAAGAAGGUUUUUGUAAAUGAAGUGAUGAAAAAAACUUUUUCCUUUUUACCGCCCUUGUUCUCUUGUACAGUUAUUGUUUUGAAAAAAAAAUGUCAAUCUAUAUGUGUUUGUAUGUUUUGUUAAAAUAAAAAAUACUAAUGGA